AUGUCUGGAUUCGAAGUAGCUGGAAUUGUACUCGGCUCGAUUCCGUUGGUUAUAUCGGCUUUAGAACAUUAUGCGGAGGGCCUGUCAACAAUUAGAAGUAUGCAAAAGUACGAGGAGGUAUUCGAACAUCUGCAUGCUUCAUUUGUGACUAUCUCUUGUAUCUACAGAAACGCCUGCGAGGAGUUACUGAGUCCACUUGCCCUCUCGGAUGCCCAACUGUAUCAAUUGUUGGAGCAUCACGAAACGUCAUCAUGGGAGAGCCCCAAGCUCAAUGAGGCUCUGCGCAAUCGACUGGGAAGUAAUUAUUUGCCUUUCAAAUCCUCUAUUAAGCAACUUAACAAGAAAAUCAACCUUUUCGGCCGAAAAUUACAAUUGCGCGACAAUUUUCAGCCGCCCUGGACGACUCCAACAGGAGGUAAUGAUGCAGCGGCGCGGAACAAGUUCUUCAACGAUCCGUUCAUACGAAUCAAAGGGGGUUUCAAGUCGAAGCAGUACAAACAGCUCUUGUCAUCCAUCGAAGAAGACGUAAACCGCAUUUCCAGCCUCACUGCGGGAGCGAUUGCGCUUGAACCAUUACGACUUCAGAGAAGACGCAAAGCGAACACGGAGUAUUUGCUGAAGUUUCGGCAACAAGCAGAAAAACUUUAUGACGCCUUCAAUACGCGAUGGUCCUCAAGAUGCAUGUGCCAGUGUACGCAUCAAGCUAAUUUGCGUCUUGACAUACAAAGAGACCAAGAGUCCGGCAAGCCUUCUACCUUCAAGCUGGUAUUCACAUUCGGUUCACCAGAUUCCGGGCAAAAUGCUCCUUGGAAACCACUCCCAGUCGAGAUCGAAGCUGUAGAUAUAAUCGACGUAACAAAGCCUAACAACAGCUCGUUACUUCCCAAUAUCGUCAUACACUCGAACACGAAAGCGGAUGAUCACUGGAAAUGCCUGAAAAGAGCCCCGGACAUCGUCGACCUAUGCGCAGCACUGCAAAGCUGUCCAAGCCUUGACUGCAUAGGUGUCAUGAGCGACAAGCUCGCCAAACACCACAUCCACACUCUUCACCCUCCCAACGCAAACCCCAUUGACAAACGAGUCACAAUACAACAGAUGAUAACGACACAAGGUGCAACCUUCCAAAUCAAAGAAAAGUGUACCCUAGCUCUCACUCUCGCAUCCGCCGUCUACCAUCUCCACAACACGCCCUGGCUGGAAGAAACCUGGGACCUGAACGACAUCUGCAUCCUAAGCCAAUCCGUACUAUCUGACCAACCCUACAUAUCCCGUGACUUCCCAGCCGCAGCCACGAUACCAGUGCAAAGCCAAAGGAUGCGUAUCAUCAAGAACAGCAUCAUCUUCGCUCUCGGCGUCGCGUUACUAGAGAUCUCAUACGGCAAACCACUGCAUGCGUUUGUCACCGCAGAUGACCUAGAUGCCACAGGUAAUCGUACGGCUUUCACCGAUUAUCUUAUUGCGGAUCGGUUGGCCGAGGGCUUGCGUACGAGGGAGUUGCGGAAUUAUGCGGACGCGACGCAGAGGUGUAUUCAUUGUAACUUUGAGGCUUCGGUGUUUAGUUUGGAUGACGAUGAUUUCAGGGAGAGGUUUUACCAGGGUGUUAUAGUACCACUAAGGAAGGACUACGAAUACGUCGUUAGUACUGUCGCGACAUGA